AUUGUGGAAUUAUGGAAGGCCAACGUGCUCGUUUGAAAGAGAUUCUCAAAGCAGGGAAGCUUCCAAAGUUGGCUGUGUUUGAUUUGGACUAUACUAUUUGGGCUUUUUGGAACGACUGUACUGCAGGACCACCUUAUCGAAGACAGAGUUCACUAACUAUAGUUGAUCGAAGUGGAGAAGUCUUACAUAUGUACCCGCAGUCGAGAAUGAUUCUGGAAGAAUUUCAGAAAGAGCGAGUUUCUGUAGGAUUUGCUUCACGAAGCCCAGUUCCAAAGUGGACACGGAAAGUUGUCGAGACGUUUGAUCUCUUGUCCAUAGUUGACAAUCUAUGUGAAAUAUAUCCAGGUUCUAAAGAACCCCACUUUAAAAGUCUACAGAAGAAGACAGGCAUUUCCUUUGAUGAAAUGAUAUUUUUUGAUGACGAGAUGCGGAAUCUUGUUGAUGUUUCCAAGUUAGGUGUAACGUGUCAAUACUGCCCUAGAGGACUCAGUGUCGAUGAAGUUGAAAAAUGUCUCGAAGCGUAUAGAAAGAAGCAAAUGUAGUGUAGCACCUUUUUAGAAUGAAGAUAACAAUCUUCUUUUUCAACCAAAUCCUAUUUGUUUUGCAAUAUUUCUUUUUGAUAUCUAUAAAGAUACGUUGCCUAAU